AUGGUGAUAUACGGUGUUUAUAUUGUAUCAAAAUCGGGAGGUUUAAUUUUUAAUCACGAUCACAAUAUUCCCAAAGUGGAAAAUGAAAGAACUUUCGCUUAUCCAUUGGAUAUAAAAUUAAAUUAUGAAAAUAAAAAGAUAGUUGUAUCUUUUGGUCAAAAAGAUGGUAUAAAUGUAGGCCAUAUGUUAACUGCUGUAAACGGUAGUCCCGUUAUCGGCAAUGAAUUGGAAGAUGGAAGGGAUGUGCUGGAAAUGUUAAACCAACCAGAAAAUUUUCCUGUAACGCUAAAGUUUAGUCGUGCAAAAAUGACAACUAAUGAGAAAAUUUUUCUCGCAUCUAUGUUUUAUCCUUUAUUUGCGAUAGCUAGUCAGUUGAGCCCUGAACCCCGAUGUUCUGGAAUUGAAAUUCUAGAGGCAGACACGUUUCGCUUGUACUGCUAUCAAACGCUCACUGGAAUUAAAUUUAUGAUAGUGGCAGAGCCAUCACAGUUAGGAAUGGAAAUUUUGACGAAAAAAGUAUACGAACUUUAUGCAGAUUAUGCUCUCAAGAAUCCAUUUUAUUCUUUAGAAAUGCCAAUCAGGUGUGAACUUUUUGAGACUAAUUUGCAGUCAUUACUUGAAACGAUUGAAAAAUGUGGUAUAAGUAGUAUUUAAAUUUAUUCAAUAAAUUAGAUCGAUAUAUCUGUAAGUAUGAUGCGAAUGCAUUUAUGCAGAUACGUACGUUAAGUAUUUGUAAUAAGCAAUUCUAUAUAUAAACAUAUACAUAAUUAGAAAUAAUAUUUUUAAAAUAAUUAUAAAAGAGAUACUAAUUUUAUUUAAAAAUGUAAAAAGUAGAUCGGAUAAAUUAU